AUGCUGCUCACUCACAAGAGCAGCAACAAAGGCUGAUGAAUUGAUUAAGUUUCUAGUUAAGCUUGUACUCCAUUUGAAAUCAUGGUUGCGAAUAUUGCCUGAGUAAACUAACAUUAAAGCUAUAGUGCCUGUCGAGGUGGGAAUGAAUGAGCCAGCCAAGAGGUGCUGAACAAGGAACAGAAGCAAAGGUGGUUGGUCUGCUCUCAGAUAGCACAUCAUCUGUGUUCUAAAAAUGAUUCGGAUCGCAGCAUUGAAUGCGGCUUCGACAGCUGCAGAUGAGUCUCAAGACCCCCUGAGAAGUAAAAAAAGUAGAACAAAAGAGGCACAGGAAGCAGAAGCAUUUGCUUUGUAUCACAAAGCUUUAGAUCUGCAGAAACAUGACAAGUUCGAGGAGUCUGCUGAGGCGUAUCAUGAGCUGCUUAAAACACCACUUCUCAAAGAGGCAAUGCCCUCAGAAGAUCAGAGCAUGGGUCUCAAGCAUCCCGGACUGAUGUUGAAGUAUUCCACAUUUAAAAACUUGGCCAGUAUGGCUGCAUCUCGAGAUGACCUUGAUACUGCAAUGGAGUUCUACUUGGAGGCUGUUUUGUUGGAUUCCACUGAUGUGAACAUGUGGUACAAAAUUGGCCAAGUGGCCGUGCGGCUGUUGCGUAUUCCUCUAGCUCGGCACGCCUUUGAGGAGGGAUUGCACUGUAACCCGGACCACUGGCCGUGCCUGGACAACCUGAUCACUAUUCUCUACACACUCUGUGACUACACCUGUUGUUUGUACUUCAUCAGUAAAGCCCUUGAAAAGGAUCAUUGUUACACUAAAGGCCUGGUGUUGAAAGAGAAAAUCUUUGAGGAACAGCCCGGUCUUAAAAGGGACACAAUGCAGAUGUUCAAGAGAUGUGAUAUGUCUGUUCACUAUGUGGAAGUGGAGGAAGAGGAACACAAGACCAUUGUGGAAGAAGCUUUGGAUUUACGGAAACGCAGACAGGCUCUCUCUUACACCGAACCCACCCCUGAUCUUGUCCUGAUUAAGCCCAUCCGCUGUCUCUCGUGGAAACAUGUUGGUGAAAGCCUUGUGGCAAUGUACAGACAUCAGACUACAUGCGGGCCACCACGACUGAGUCUUGGACGCAGGAUCGACUUAUCGUUAUACCGUGACCCAAACCUCCUCCAAAACCUUCCUGAACCCUGCAGUCCAAUCAGCACCGUCCAGACAACUGUGCUGAGCAGCAGCCCCAGCUCAUCUCUGCCACCUACUGUCCUCUCUGAGCCAUCAGCGCUUUCUCAACCUGCCACACAGAUUUCCAUUGUGGAAAUCACUACGGCAGCUGCAUCUGUUGUUACAGCUAUGGAUGUUUGCCUGACAGACAAGGCAAAGAAAGCACCAAAGAGGAAACGUACGGUAGAAGAUAACGGGGAGACGGCCAAGCGGCGCUCUGCACGUGUUCGGAACACUAAAUGUAAAAAGGAAGAGAAGAUUGAUUUCCAGGAAUUACUUUAUAAGUAUCUUCCUUCUAGGCUAAAGAAGUUUGAUCCCGAUAAUGAAGAUGAAAGUCUGAGUAAUAUUGAGACACAGUGUGACGGGAAGGAGGACAUGCAGCCUCGACAUGGGAGCUCCCUUCCAGUUGAUGCAGUUGAAUACAUGGAAUCUGAACAACAGGAUGUUCAUAACUUCCUUCUGAGAAAUAUGACCAAUGGAGGAAUACUGGACCUGAUGUUGUGCUAUCUGAAAGCCAUGGGUCAGAAGUUCAUGGAGAAGUGGCCUCCUGGUCUGACUGCUGUGGUGCUGGAGGUCUACCAGGCUUGGAGGAAACACAGCUGUGGUCUUCCUAACCCUUUGUUGCGGGACUGUAGUAACCAACAUAUCCGGGAAAUGUUAGAAAUGAGCUUGGCCUGUAUGGAAUUGCAGUUGGAGCAGUGGUCGCACAAUAAAGGCAAGACUGUGUCUCCUAGAAGAAGCAGCAGUGGUUCCUGCAAUGACACAGAUGAGAAUGAAUUCCCUGGGCAACAUUUCCAGGCUGAUUUGUUGCUCCUGGCUUUAGGUUCAUCCCAAAAAGAUCUGUUUGAGGACAACUGGUUAGAUGUCAUGGUGCGUGUCUACUGGCUGAAGGCUCGUUCCCUUGCCCUCCAGGGAGACAUGGACUUAGCCUUGGAGAGCUAUGAUGUCUGUACAGGGCUGUUGCAGAGCAAACCCAAGUCCCCUGAAGGGAGAUAUUAUACAAUCAAAGUGCCAAAUUUAAGGGUAGAUGCAGCAAUCUCUGUAGAGGAGAUUGACAAAAGACUGAAGUCUCUGGAACGCUGUCAGUCAUUGGAGGAAAUCCAGCGGCUCUUUGAAUCAUCAGACUUUGAGUCAGUUGUGCGCCUGUUGCAGCCAACUCUUAAUUACGGCAGCAGGAGUAAACAUUUGGACUUUGUUAGUUCAGCACCAGAACGUCCUGCUCAGCUUCUGCUGCUUCAGAAUUCCCUGUUGAAGCUACAAGACUACCAACAAUGUCUAGAAGCAAGUGAGCUGGCUAUGAAUGAAGCCUUGCAGCAGCUAAACUCCUCUCCAACUAGUUCUCCACCUGCGAAGGAGGAAUGGGUUGGCACCAUUGCAAAGCUGCUGGAUGGCAUUGAGGUCUGCUUUACUAAGGACUCACAGCUCCUUAGCAAUGUCUCCCACUUCUCUAGUAUGGCUCGACUGGCAAACAAUCUAAUUCAGCUGAUUGACCUUAGCAUGACUAUUUCCGACGAUCCCAAAGAGCCUUAUUUCUUCUCAGUGCUGCCAUGGAUUAUUCUAUAUCACAUAAUCAAACAUGAAGAGGCUGCCUUUAGCUGUAUACUUCAACAGCAUAUGGCUGUAGGGGAUGAUGAAGAUGACUCAGACUCACCGAUGCUGCCAUCCUCUCUGAUGCUUCUGAACACUGCUCAUGAGUAUCUUGGCCGUCGCUCCUUGUGUUGCAGUUCAGAUGGAGCACUUCUCAAGUUUUUUGUUCACAUUUUGGAAAAAGAGUUUGCAGCCACUGCCAAAAAUGAUUCACAUCCCUAUAAAGAGGAGCUGGAGAUGGCCUUAGAGCAGUGCUUUUUUUGUCUAUAUGCCUACCCUAGUAAGAAGAGCAAGGCCCGCUUCCUUGAAGACCACUCAUCUCCACAGGUGGAGCUGUUGUGGAGUGAUGCCCUUUUCAUGUUCCAGUAUUUUAAACCAAAGUCACUGCCUGAGUUUGACAGCUACAAAACAAGCACAGUAUCUGCAGAUUUAGCUAAUCUGUUGAGGAGGUUUGCAGGAAUUGCCCCCCCAAGUGAAACUCCCACACUCACCAUGGAGGAGGUAGCUGCCUACAUCGAGGAUAUGACACAUAAGGUUCCAAGCCUUCCCGAUGGAAGCCCUCCUGCCCCUCCAAUCAUAAAUGAGAUCUACUACCUGCUGGCUGAUUACCACUUCAAGAACAAGGAGCAGUCCAAAGCCAUGAAGUUUUAUAUGCAUGAUAUCUGUGUGUGUCCAAACAGGUUUGACUCCUGGGCAGGAAUGGCCUUAGCAAGGGCCAGUCGUAUUCAGGAGAAACUCAAUUCCAAUGAGCUAAAAAGUGACGUGCCCAUAUGGAAACACUCACAGGCAGUGCUCAACUGCUUUAAGCGGGCCCUGGAGAUAGACGGCUCUAACCUGUCGUUGUGGAUUGAAUAUGGAACCAUAUCAUAUGCUUUGCACUCCUUUGCUUCACGGCAGCUAAAGCAGUGGCGUGACGAGCUUCCCCCAGAGGUAGUAAAACAGAUGGAGGAAAGGAGAGAUUCCAUGUUAGAGACUGCAUCUCAGUGCUUCCAGGGUGCUUCACGUUGUGAGGGAGACAGUGACGAAGAAGAAUGGCUCAUUCACUAUAUGCUGGGGAAAAUAGCAGAGAAACGCAAACAGCCGCCUGUGGAAUAUCUGCAGCUUUACCAAAAGGCAGCACACUUUCUGCAUGAAGAGGCUGCCAGAUACCCUCGUAAAAUCCAUUAUCACAAUCCACCUGACCUGGCUAUGGAAGCCCUGGAGUUGCAUUUUCGUCUCAGCACCACCAUCCUAAAGCUACUGGAGUCUAAUGAGCCCAGUCUGGACCAUGAGGCCUUGUUCAGUUUGUUGGUUGAGGCAGCUUUAGGGCCAUUUGCCAGAGGGGAAGAAAAGAAUAUGCCCAGCAUACCCAGGUCUAAUGAAAAGGAGAAAUCUACCUCUCUGAUGGAUGAAGACUUUAAUAGCUCUUCAAUAGGCAUAGGGAACGUCCUCAGCUCCUCACUUCCAUCAGUUGCCACCCCAGGUGUGACAUCCCCUCUCUACGUGGCCACGCCAUUUGACCACGAUUACGCCAAACGCAAAACACUUCGACGGCAGCAGUGGCAGCAGCAGCGGCAUGAGGAACAGCAGGCUGAUGCCUCACCAGAGUUUGACCAUGAUUACUGCUUGCCCAGGUCUUCAAUAUGGCUGGCCUCCCUGAAUGAGCGCAGUCAGGACAGCGAAGUGGUCUUGCUCUCUGACUCCAACUCUACCCAGGAUGCCUUCACAGAUCCCACCAGCUCACAAGACAGCAGCCACAUACCAGCUUCUGGGAAAGUCACUUCUUCAUCAUCAGAGAGCACAACGCCUGUGAAGGAAGGCCAACCUGCCCCCGAGGACAUAGAGUCACGUGAAGAACAUACUGGUGCCCAGACAGAGGAGAAUGUGAUUGAAGAAAUUGUGGAAAUGGUGGUGGUGACACUGCCUGAUACUUCAACUCCCAAAGUCUCGAUGGACUCCUGCCUUCCUCCCAUGACUGUCCCAGCCACCCCACCAAAAGUAGCGUCCUCUCAACAGGCUGGUUCUCAAACCCUAGCGAGCGAAGGCAAAAAGAAACCAGAGCCCCCCGCCGAGUUGAUUGAGGUACCAAAGGCCCUGCCUGCAGAACACACCGACCAGAGACGAAUGCUGGUGGAAAUGUGUGUCCGCGCUCUUUUCCUCUGUCUUGGGCGGUUCCCUCAGCACUAUAAGAGUCUCUACCGUCUGGCUUUCUUUUACACCAACAGCAAGACCCACCAGAACCUACAGUGGGCCCGAGAUGUGUUGCUAGGAAGCAGUGUCCCAUGGCAACAACAGAAGCACAUGCCUGCACAAGGACUCUUCUGUGAAAGAAACAAGACAAACCUGUUCAAUGGCAUCUGGCGUAUUCCAGUAGAUGAGAUUGAUCGCCCGGGAAGUUUUGCAUCUCAUAUGAACCGAUCCAUUGUCCUCUUGCUAGAGGUGCUGUCACAGCUUAAAGAUCACGACACCUUGCUGAAAGUCUCUUUCAUGCUGCAGAGAACCCCUGAUCAGGGAAAGAAAUAUUUACGUGAUGUUGAUCGCCAGGUUUUGGCCAAGAGAGCGUUUUUCCUAAAUGUAAAAGUCCUGGAGGACAAUCUAAACAGUCUCACAGGGGUGCAGCUUCCCAAAGCAGCAACCCCCUCCAUGGGGGAAAUGACCACGACGGCCGCAUCCAACAGGCCAAGUUCAGAUGACAGCAAACAUGCAUUGCCGAAGAAGCCUGGGCUCACAGAAGGCACUUGUACUACCAACAACACAGGGUCCAAGGAAGUCCCCCAGCCACAAAUCACUUCAUUCGCACAGUCUACAGAUAAAGGUGGCAAGGUUGAGAAUCUACUUGAAAAAGCAGAGCUUGCUGGGAGUGAAGGGCACGGAAGAAGGGCAGAGGAACCAAUGGAGUUGGAAUCUGGCCAUUGGAGGAGGUCAUCCCCAACCACAGAUACUCAGGGCAGGGAAACAGAGGCACAUACCGCUUUGGGUUUAAUGGAGCCCCAGCAGAGAGUGACUGACAUCAGCCGGACAUCGGAGCUGUCUCUAGAGGAGCUAAGUAUUAGUUCUAGGCAGCAGCAGCUCCAGUCCACGGCAGGCAAGGUCACUGUGCCAGCUGGCGGAACUGAUCAAGGUUUACUACGAAGACCUAGCAGAAAAAGGAAACUUCUAGAAGAUGUGGAGUCCGGAAAAACCCUGUUGCUUGACGCCUACAAGGUGUGGCAACAAGGCCAGAAAGUCAUGACAUACGACCUGGGUCGCAUUGAAAAGAUCAUGUCAGAGACGUACAUGCUCAUAAAACAGGUCGAUGAGGAUGUGGCUCUGGACCAAGCUGUGAAGUUUUGCCAGAUACAGCUGGCUACUUCUACCCAAAGACAGAUUGCAUGCGAUGCCCCAAGCACGCCUAAGUACACCAAGGAGCACAGAGACCUCUUCUUCCCUGCCUCCCUGCCAACGCCGCUCCUGCUCAGCCACACCACGUGUCAUCCACUGUCCAACCAGGACGGCCAAGCCAAAGUGGUGUUUGAGCCCCUGAGCAAGUUAGCAAGACCUCAAUCGUCGGGCUUCCAAGAUCAAACACCACACAGAAGAGCAGCUUGCCACCCUGCAGCAGCAGCAGCAGCCAUGUCCUGCCUACAACACACAGAGGAGCAUGAGGAGCCCACUGAGGGACUCUUGUACCAACGGCAGGAAUCCCACCUUUGUCAACAGAUGAAGCUGGCCACUGUGUCCCAGGCACAGGAAACAUCCUGGUUCCGGGAAGAAACAGCCACAUGUAGCAGAAGUACUCAGCAUUGUCCAGACCAGCAGCAGUAUGCCAGCAGUGAUCAGUCAAAGCUUCCAGACCUUAGCCGAAUCCGCUCCCGAGUUCCACCCAACAUGCCAAAGCUCUUCAUCCCGGCCACCGUUACCAAGUUCCCCCCUGAGAUCACAGUGACUCCGCCCACGCCCACACUUCUUUCUCCCAAAGGCAGCAUCUCUGAGGAAACCAAACAAAGACUCAAGAACGUCAUUCUGUCGUCGCAGUCUGCUGCCACAGUCAAGAAGGACACUCUGAGCCAGCCGUCCUUGGACGUGCAGGAGACAUCCAGCCAGGAGUCGUCUCUGGAGAGCGAGUCUGACGAAGAGGACGAUUACAUGGAUAUAUGAGCCUCUGAAGGCCUCACGCAAAUUGGGAGUGAUUCUGAAACACUGCUCCAAUGUCUUUGAGGGUGAAAGGGAAGAGGGGUACAUGUCACUGCAGCUUCAGUCUUUAUUGAUGCUACUGUUUUUUUUUGUUUUGUUGUUUUUUUUUUAACUGAGAGAAUGCAGUAUUGUGAUUGGCUGCCAUGUUACCGCGUUGUCCAGCUUGUGAUGGUGUAUGUUCACCAUAGCUGUCAAAGCAUGCCUGUAACGUGACAUUUAUGCAGAUCACGGCGCAGCCCGUCACCUGUUCACUGCUUAUUGCACCUCCGAACUGCACCUUCAUCCGUCUGAGGUGCCUCGAUGAGGACACAGCAGCGUAUGGCAUCUGCAGUGAUGCAUUUCAAUGGACACUGUGGCGACGUAAGGACAGUCACCACACAGUCCCGUAAACCUGUAGCACAUCGGAAAUGUUUACACUCAACAUUUGGGUCAGUCAGCACUCAAGUGUGCUUGUUUUUGUACUCCCCUGUAUUUCCUGCCAGACUUUAUAUUGCUUUUUUCUCUCGUGUGCAUCUGUAGCUGUGAGGUUCUCACUAAGAAGACGGCCAUCACCAGCACUGGUGUGAAUGAUGUCUUUUGUACAUAUCAUCCAAAUAUGUUUGGCUUUAAUGGUGUGUGUGUGUGAGUGAGUGUGUGAGACAGAGAGAGUGAGCUGGAAGGUGAGGCUUGCUUUAAUCCCAAACAGCUCAGGAGACAACCUCCGCUUGAGGAUCUUUCCUAAAUUCAUUAGAAUCAAGAUGCAUGCUGAUGGUCAGUUGGUCGCAACCUUCACGACGUCACUCAGUGGAAGACAGUGGAAUGUGUUUUUUUUUUACUGAUUGUUUUCUAUCAAACGAAAGAUAUCUAGUGUUUCUUAAAAGGUGAAAAUUUUAUGGGGGGAAAUGCAGAUGAAUAACUAAAUUACAUUUAAAAAAAAAAAAAAAACUUCUGUAUUUUUAUGUCCUUACAUUAAGUUGAGAUGGGAAGAUCAUUUUCUACCACUUCUCUGAGGUGAGCUGUUCUUUGGCAUCAUCAUGGAGGUCCAACCAAAAAUAUAUGAUUGAGAACAGCAUCCAAACGUCACCGCAGCAGAAAAGUCAGCCUUCAAAUUUGUCUGAGUUGUGUUUGAGGCCUGCGGGAGAGUUGGAAGACGGACCCGGAGUGCCGGCGACACCCCGGUGCAUGCUGAUGUGUGACAUCCUACUGAAUUAUCUGUUCUGAUCAAAUCAGAUAAAUGACGUCUUACCGCAUGUCUAAGCACUUCCUUGUUUUGUUUUUUUUGUUCCCUCCUAGUCUUGUAACAUUUUCCCAUGUAAAAACAAAGCUUCCAUUCUACAGUAUUAAAAGUAAUUGCUACAUCUGGUCAAA